AUGUUCAAUGAAAAAAAGAGGAACCUUGUACAGGCUAAUAACAUACUUUCUUCUACAGGUCAACAUUAUGACAGUGAUAUGAAGCCAAAAUUUAAUGUAAAUCAAGUAGCAAUUACACAGGUUGUCAGCUACAACUUGAGCAGGAAGGGACAGUGGGAAAGAGCAUCCUGGAGGCCGUUCACCCACAGUCACUACAGCCCUCUCAACGUCACGAUUAAUGGCAUCCCCUGCAUUCUCUUCUGGGCCAAGAGGAUCACGAUUAAGUUUGAAAACCACACACAGCUGGAUUUGACAGAGAAGACAUUUGGUGUCCAUGCAACAGUGGAUGUUGGAGAUUCAAACUGCAGUGAAGAUAAUGCAAUGCUUUCUCUGAAGUUUGGUGACAUUGGCAAUCUAAAGGGACUUGCUAUUAGAUUUUUAUUAAGAGCCAGCUAUUACCAGGUGUCUGUUCAGAACUGGUUCAGUUUACACAGACUGCAACUUCUUUACAACCACUCCAUACAAGCAACGUUUAAUGCAACCAGAAUACAUGCACCAGCAAGUUACUCCUACCACUGUGAACAUGUGAGCAGCUUACAGAGAUAUGAUGCACUUCUCAUACCCAGCUCUGCAAAUGAUCUUUCAAAGCUUUGGGAAGUUACUUUUAUUGAUUUCCAGAUUCAAGGUUUUAACAUUCAAGAGGGACAUUUUGCCUACGCGAAAGAUUGUGCAUCCCUCUUCUCUCCAGCCAUACUCAUGGGAUUGGUUAUGUCACUGAUUCUGCUGCUGGUUCUUGCCUAUGCUCUUCAUAUGUUGAUCCACUUGAAAUCUCUUGACAGGCAUUACGAAUGCAAAGCUUCUCCUGCGUAUUUUGCACAGAUGAAAGACAAUGACAUGGGAGAUGAGAAAGAGCCACUGAGAAGCAGUGGAAAUGAGUCCUAUGAAUUUAGAAACCAACAGUUCUGUAAAAUAUAUAUUUAGCAGUGUGCAUCUGUCUCAGUGAAACAAGUGGUAUUUUCUUCUGCUGGCACUGUCAUAUGUAGUUUGUACGGAUUUUUCACCAAAUGAUGGAAGGAAAAGUAGGUAACAGACUAUUUAGCCAGUUACUGUCUGUUAUUUAUUGAUA